GCUAGGAGCAACCAUCAGGCUCGGCGAGUAUGAGCCACAUCCUCUAAGGCAUGUCUGGUGUGAGCUUAAGAUAUCUUGUGUCCAUCAGCAAUGUAUUGGGCCUGCCCUAAACUUGCCGAGUCCAUUCACUCACAAACCACCAAACUGUCUGCCCAGCAAAGAACAUAUCAUGUGAAAUAAAAGGAAUAUGCAGUUCCAUUUCAUCAUUCUUAUGCUGGUGCAAUACAGGUGCCACGGUCAUCUCGAGCAACGGAGCUGUACUUGUCGGGAGACGAACUGAUGGCCUAACCGAAACCGACAUCGCCCCCGCCCCUAACAUUCUCUUGCAAGACAAAUCACAUGGAUGCAGUGGCCACCUGAUGCACCACUAUUUAACAGACCCCAGUCAGUCCAUUAUCUUCAACUCAACAGCUUUGGCAUUUUUCAAAGCCCUCAGGAUCAGAAACAAAAAUCUCCUAUUUCUUCUUCAUCCACAUUCCAAUACAGAGACAAUGAUCUGCCCGAAGCACUUGGUCAAGAUUGCAAGAAAAUGGCAGAGAAUAGCUGCCAUGAGAAGGAAAAGGAUCUCAUUUCCACAAGUCGAUGGAGGCGAGGAAGUGCUAGGUCAGAGAGGACAUUUCGUCGUCUACUCGAUCGACCAAAAGCGAUUCAUGUUUCCGAUUGAGUACUUAGACAACCGCGUCGUUCGAGAGCUGCUCAGGUUAUCCGAGGAAGAGUUCGGGCUGCCAAGCAAUGAACCGAUCACUUUGCCAUGCGAUGCCAUGUUCAUGGACUACAUGGUUUCGAUGAUCCAGCGGCGUGCCGACACAGAAAUCGAGAAGGCUCUCCUUAUGUCUAUUACAGCCAACACAUGCUCACUAUCUAACUCUCUCCAGCAGAAUCACACUGGACAACAAUGGCUAGUGUGCAGUCAUUGAAGCUUUGUAUUUAUGCUUUUGCCUUUCAUGUAUUGAGGCUUUUAGGAUGUACAUAAUGAGAGAAUUGAAGGAAAAUUACAGUUCAUAUUUUUUGGUUCGUCAGAUUCUAAUGAAAACAGUUCCUUCACUCCUA